GAGGUGGAUGAGUCCAGUUCUAAGCUAAUGGAAGAGGUGACGUUAUUACUGUACUUCUGUGUUCUCCAUACAAUCUAUGUAUGUACUCAUGCUGGUGAAAAUCAGCCUCGUGUUCAUAACGACUCUUUUCUGCUAAAUGACACCAUGAGACCACUCGAUCUAGGAACAGAGCACCUUCUUCUAAUCUUACCAUCACAGCAAGUGUAUACUGUCAAGAUACUCCCGUCUGUUGCUUCAAGAAAACACGAAAAUGAACGUGUAUUCUUCAGAAAGUCUUAUUUAAAAAAUACACAAGCCUCGCAAGACAAUAUUUUGAAAACCUACAAGAGAGAACCCAAGAAAAGCGAGUUUGUAUACGGAAGUGACGACAGAAGUUUAGUGGAAAAUUAUAAACUUGGUCAGUAUCCGUAUUUUAAUGUCGUCAAACUGUCGUCUGGUUGUACCGGAACUCUUCUGACACCAUCCUAUAUCCUCACCGCAGCUCACUGCGUUCAUGAUGGGACUAAAUUUCAUGAAAGGAUGGAACUGCUCAAAAUUCUAAUUCCACACAAAAUGGGGUAUAGGCUUUACUAUGCCAAAGAAAUCAUCGUGCCCUUUGAUUGGCAAAAAGCAGAGGGCGUGUCUGACGCACGACGCGUAGUGUUUGAUUACGCCGUCAUACGAUUGGAUAUUAGCGUCUUCGGGCGUCAUGACUUUUCGCCAUUAGGCACUGUGAAAUUCAGUAUUUAUUCUGAAAAACUCUGUUUCUUUGCUUUUCCAAACAACGAAAAUUUGAUGUGGAAAUCGGAGUGCAAUGGGUGGAAUAGUUUUCCGUUGUUUAAUCAAAAUGUUCUUCUAAAUAAAUGUGAUUCGGCACGUGGCAACUCGGGUGCCACGAUUCUGGCGCAAGACAAUCGCCAUGGCAAUACGUAUAAAAUCAUUGGUGUUCUGUCCAGUGUUUUGCCGGAAAAACAUUACACAUCAUUUAGUCUGCUAACAAAAGACAAGAUCAGCGACAUAUGUACAAUGAUUCACCCUGAAGGGAAAACAUACAAGAUCUGCCCCCAAAACGAAUCUCUACUUCAUACAUCUAGAUUGUACAAAGGUUGAUGGAGUCACUCACUCUGAUGUACAAUAUUACAAGUGUUGCAAAUCAAAAAUAAAUAUUGUUUACUCCU